CAUUACUCACGUUAAGAGCAGUAACUCGUGUACAACAAAGUUCAAGUUUGUAAACAUUCUAUUCGAUUUUCUGAUCAGCUUGGGGAUUUAUCGACUAGUCAUGGAGUGGCCUUAUUCCUCGGUAACUUUACCCGCAUUUCUGGCGCUCCUGUUUUCCAGAAUAUCGUCUGCUUCGCCCCCGUGCACGUCUGAGAAAGUUGCUAAUGGCAAUUAUUCCACAACACGCUAUGCCAGGGAAUCCAUCGACAUUAGAUGUGUAAACUCCUCUUAUGACAAAAUCAACUGGUUCUUCAACUCUUCAAAUGCAAAUGACCUUGAACCAUACCCGUUCAGCUGGUGUAGCCAACAGAGUUGCUCUCUGUGUAAUACUACUUUGCACAUCAGUAGAGUCGGACUGAGCGCGGACGGAGAAUUCACUUGUAUCGCAUCAAGUUCUGCCACUGGGAGGAAUAUCACCGCUACUUUCAUUCUUCAUGUUCAAAAAUGCGCACCCGAUAAACCGGGUGAAUUAAUUGCACAGAACGUCACUGUCAGUCUGACGGAAACAGCUACGCUCACGUGCAAGGCAAAGGUGGGCAACUGUUACCAAAACGGAAGCACGUUUCUAUGGUUAUUCAGCAACAACUCUUUGAUUGAGGACUCGAAGAAACACACAAUAUCCCAUAAACUGGAUGCAGGGGAUUUGGUGACUACCCUCGUUGUGCAUAGCGUCACUGAAAUGGAUAUGACGUCAUACAUCUGCAUACUAAUUGAUGACCACUUCGUGGAUGGGAACAAGAAACUCACUGUAUUUCUCUCUGCGAAACUCACAGAAACAAAGAUCGAGGAUUCAUCUCUAAUACUGAAAGUGGCUUUGCCGUUACUGGUGGUUGUCAUUCUGGUAGUGAUUUUAAUCUUCUGGUUGUUUUGUCGCGGGUGCAUCAUGUACAGUUUGGUGAAAGGCCGGAAGAGAACACGGGGCCUUAAAACUUAUGACGUCAUAAUCUACAAGGACGACGACCAUGGGGAUGAGGCGACGGAGCUGGGAAAGCAAUUGGAGUCACUGAAGUACAAGGUGUGCUUCCCGGAAGACGGGUCAGGAGGUUCGAAAUAUGGAAGCUUAGAGGAACUCAUAGAGUGUAGUGCUAGCGUCAUCUUCCUCUGCAAUGACGACGAUGACCAUAUGACGAUGAUCCUGAAUAAGGCCCAAGAAAACCUCUCCGUGUUCGUUAUUCAGACAGAGAAAAACCGCGCCAAGCGCAGUGGUCAGUUAUCUAUGGCCGGUUUUGUUAGUCUCUGUUGGCCUUCACACCAGUCGAAUUCGAUAGUCUGUAAGAGACUGCUGCUAAAUUUACGUCGAGAAGAGUUUUAUUUCAAGCUUAGAAAGGGACUUCCUAAGCCUAAGACUGACAACAGUUCCCUCGAAAGUUUAAGUAAAACAAAUCCACAUAACGACAUGGACCUCAGGAAAAACGAUCAAACUUUAUAUAGUCAACAGUUUCAUCAUUUGUAAACACAAAUUACAGCAAAUUACAAGUGAUCUUCCGUGCGAUUUGUGUGUGAUCUUUUCAGCCAAACGCUGCGUUCUAAUUGGAUUCAAUUUUGUACAUCAACGCAAAACUUUACAGAUAUUACUGAUGAAGACUUCAUUGCUACAAAUGUAAAAUACAAAAGCAACAGUAAACAGCAACAUCCUAUUUAUAUGACAACAAGGAGUUGUUCAUAUAAAAAAGAGUUUAACAACCUGCGUAGCAUUUUUUGCUAUAUUCAACUUUUAUACUGACAUAGUGCUCAAAAUACUGACAAUUUGGUUCUAGAAUACUGACAUCAGUCGGACGGGGUAAACAGGUCUGUGAGGUACAUAUAGAUAGGUGUAAACUUUUGUACCUGUGUCUUAUUGGAGUCAUACAUAUCAUAAAAUGGAUUGGUUUUUUAUACACUGUGCAAUGACGUUAAAUGAUUUGGUCGCAGUGACCUUGACCUGUACAUGAAGAUGUUUAUUUAUACUCUUGUGUACAUGUAAGUUGUAUAAACCAGUUUUGUAAGUAUGGUUGAUUAAAUGUGUAUGAUUUUAA